UUUUAUUUCAUGUCCAUCCUUUCCCUUUUCACCACUUCCAGCUCUUUCGACCCCUGAACAACAUGCCUAAUUUGGCACCAACCGUUCCAGACCAUGCUCAAGCAGUUAGGAGGACCAAGAACGACAACAGCGUUGACACUGCUCCAAAGAUGUCUCAAGACAUUGUCUUCUCGAUCCCGGAGCUUGUUCACUUAAUCGCCAACCACCUGGCAACACGCGAUCUCACGGCCCUCAUCCGUGUCAACCGUACCUGGAAUAGCAUUUGGGUUCCUUAUCUCUACCAAAGUCUAUACUUUUCCCUAUAUUAAACCAACGCCUAUCUAAAGAUCAGCAAAUAUGGCGAGCAUGUCAGGACUGGAACUAUCCUUAUCACAGCCAUCGGACUGUCAGAUGGCAUCUGUUGCGACCCUCAAGAACCUGGAGGACUUUUCCUGCUGCGUUAAUAGCAAAGCCCACAUCGACGAUAUUCUUUUGGUGCUCAGAGCUUACCGUCAGCUCAGGUCGUUGGUUCUGCAAAAGGUCAUCAUAGUAGAGGAGCUCAAGGACACCCGCGACGAGCAGGAGCCAGAAGAGAAGAAGGAGGAGCGCACUGGGUUGAUCAGGGUGGAUGACGAAGGUUGGAUGAACACAUCGCUUCGGUCGUUGACCUUGAGCACUGUGACAUGGGACUCUGAGGAUUCGAACACUACGCAUCCUCACUUUAGUCGUUUUUUUCAGCACCUUCCCAACCUCGAGUGCCUUAAACUCGACCAGAGGAGUAAUAUCAUCGCUCAGGCCUGGAGAGAUAUCUUCGAAAAUCGAACCAUCCUGCAGGGAACCAUACCAGAGUCCCAUGCUGCCACCAUCGAUCCCGACCAUUGCAUUGGAAGCAGCAUCAGGGACGACACUUCAGCGACGGGUGUGAUGGUGACGGUGGCGCGUAAAGACCAGGCUCUCACACAACUGACACGUAUGCCUCGAUCAGUCCAUGUAUCGCCAGGAAUAUCACACAGACUGGUUACCUUUGAUAUUGAAGGGUGUAUAUUAUUCAACAGCAUCAAUGCUUCUAUACUUCUGGAGAACUGCACGAUCUUGCGCAAAUUGAACUUGUUGGGCACGAUGGCGGGGACAAUCGAGCUCUUCAAGGGGAGUAAACCGUGGCCAUGCGCCAACGUGCUCGAGAACCUGUGUAUGGACAUCCAACCGCUCGAGUAUCAACCUCUGCAGUAUGGAAUGCCCGGGCAUCCGCUCAGGCUGUACACGUUCGGGGAAAUGCAGUCAAUUCGAGGACGGCUGUGUUCGUUCACAUCCCUAGUUGGUCUAAAGCUCCGGGGCGAAGCAUUAACGCUUGAUAUGAUCCAGGAUUUUUCAUUUGCGCCAAACCUUCGGGUAAUGCACCUAGGGUUCCCAAUGAGCGUGAACAACAUCGAUACACUUCAAGAGGUGGCUCUCAAGUACGGCCAAGCCCUGUUCCCGAACUGGAUGUGUCGUCUGAUAUCACUUACUCCUCCUGGCGUCUAGCCGUCGCGGUUACAGCUUAUCUCGAUGAAGAGAGUUUUAUGUUCCGAUGGCCAUGAUGAGCCCUAGAUUGGGAAGCUGUGAUACAUCCAUGUAAACGGACCAUCGAACUGAGAAGUCCAACUAGCCGAGCUUAACAAGUCGAAGACUCGAUAAGAUAUCUAAUCUAGCUUAGAACAAGAAUCAGACAGCCCUCUGUAAUCCAGGUUUGUUCUCUAUAGCUCAAACAAAAAGUGUGCAUGCACAUACGGCAUUCAGAGAUCGGGCUUGCUUCAUGUAACAAAAAGGAGGCGCUGUGCUGACAGUCUACGAGUCGCGGUACUUUGCCUACGCUCGAUCAAAAUAGCAGCUCCACAAAGAGACUCCUACACGUGAUAUCUUGAGCUGGGCUGCACUGUUC